AUGGAGAAGGCGUCUGUCUGCAGGCUUCCUUCCUCCGUCCUGUCGCGCUCACCUACAGUGCCGGCCGCUGACAGGAAGACGGCGAGUUCGGCGAGCAGCUACAAGCAAAGUCAAAAAUCAGCAAACGUCAACCGUCGUCACUUUUCAAACUUGCCGCCUCCUACUGGAAGUCCCGCCCCAUUCCGCCAAGCCCACGUCCAACCCCGACGGAUGCCGGUUGGGCUCAAGAGACGCCAGGCAGAAACAGAGCGCUUAAAAAGCACUGUCUGGAUAUCUUCAGAGGGAAAAAGGAGAAAGUUAACUGAAUUGGUGACACUUCGGGUCUCUCACAGAGGAAGACCUGUUAGAGUGCUAAGGAGAAGACAAGUUAUUAGCACCCAAAAGAAGCACCAGUGGGGAUGGAAAUACAAGGUUGACAUUCGCUGAGCUGUGGUUUUUUUCCAGGGAAAUGGUUAUUCUUGAUAUUUUGAGCAAACUCUUCUUCUCUGUUUGAUCAGUGCCCAGAACAAGGAAACAGGUUAGUCUCUCUGAGCCUUAGAUUUCUGAUCUGUAAAAUAAGGAUUAAGGAUAGUUCAUUUUAAACAAGGGUAAUGCUAUUUUCUACCCCUUAGGCUUAUAAGAGGAUAUGUACAGAGCCUGGUGAGUUUUAUAUCAUCUCAUCUUGAAUGGCAAUCAAAACUCCUUCUGGGCCUCCAUGACACCCUGAUGGAGUGUCAGCAGUUAUUAAAGUAAAAGAGCAAAGAUAAACAACAGGAGUCUUUGAUCCCAGGGCCUGGUAAUCAGUCCAUUAAAAAAAUAGAGAAUGAGAUCCAGUUAUGCUCUCUAACCCUAUUAAAACCUAGGCAGAUCUGACUCUGCAUGUUUCCUGGGCCUGCUGGCCUUACCAGAUCUAAUAAAGAAAGUGGUUUUAUCUUUGCUCUUACUAACACUGUCACUCUCUGUACUAAGGGUGGUAUUAAGGGUGAGAAGAGAGUGGGAUCUGGAAAGCUGAGCACCAGCUGUUCUAACUACAUAUUUAUGAGAUACCUUUUGUGUCUAAUGUCUCUUUUCCAUGGGAGAAACAGAGUCAAGGCCCAUAAAGAUUGUUUAUAUGCUCAAAGUUACAGAGCAAGUUGGAGUAGGAAAAACUAAGAAAAUGUGUUAAUUGAUUGAAAGAACAUUCAUUGAUCAUCCGCCGUGGGCCAACGUUAUGCUAGGCUGUAAGAGUAGGAUUAAAAAUAUGAAUAAAUAUGAGUCCUUUCUCAUCCCUUAGGAGCAAUAAAAUAUUGGUGGCUUUAUGAGAGAACAUUGUAAAAGAUACAACAAAAUCACUGAGGGGGAAGUGCCCAUUUUUCUAUAAGAAAAGGUUCAGAAUAUCACUAUCAAAAAGUUAUAUGUAAUAUAAAUUAUAUAUCAAAAAGGUUAUAUAUAAAACCUAUACCUAUCCUAUAUAUGUCAUACGUAUAUAUAUAUAUAUAUAAAUCAACUUCUAUCCAGUUCAAUUGCAAUGUAAUUUCCGUAACUAAAGUGGUACAUAUAGGUGAUUUAAAAAUGUUUUUAGUAGAGUUAAAUGCAAUUUAGCUGGAUUUGUUUGCCUGAUAGUGAAUCUUAAUAGUUACUGAUUACAUAUUAAGUUGAUCUAAAUUAGCGGGUUACCCCUGUCACAGAUAAUACGGUUAGUAACAUACAGCUUAAGAAUGGCACCAUAUCUCCGUGCUGAGAAAACCUUGAAAGCUCAACAAUUCAUUCGACUAGAACAAAACUCACAUUUUCUUAUCAGUUAUUUUCUUAUAAUUAUUCAGGUGAUUAUUUUCUUUCCAGCUUUUAUUUUAGGUUUAGGGGAGACAUGUGCAGAUUUGUUACAUGGAUAAAUUGUGUGUUGCUGGAGUUGGUAUACAGAUUAUUUUGUCACCUAGGUAGUGAGCAUAGUACUAUCCAAUAGGUUGGCUUUCAAUCCUCACCCUUCUCCCACCUUUCACCCUCUAGUAGGCCCUGGUGUCUAUUAUUCCCUUCUUUGUGUCCAUGUGUACUUAAUGUUUAGCUCUCACUUAUAAGUGAGAACAUGCAGUAUUUGGCUUUCUGUUCCUGCAUUAAUUGACUUAGGGUAAUGGCCCCCAGCUGCAUCCACGUUGCUGCAAACGACAUGAUUUCAUUCUUUUUAUGGCUAUAUAGUACUCCAUAGUGUAUAUGUACCACAUUUCUUUAUCUGGUCCACUGUUGAUGAGAAUCUAGAUUGAUUCCAUGCAGAUGACUAUUUUAUGAUAUUGGAAUGACUUUCUAAUUUUUGGAAAGUUUAUCAUUGCAGUAAAUUCCAGAGGAAUCAGCAGGUAAAUCUAGACUCAUCAUAGAUUGCUCGCAGACACAAGUGGGUUUUGUAACAAUAUAUCACUAUAAGAACUGUUCUUCCCAAUGAUUAGAGUUGUAGUAAAGUGCUUGGGUAUUGUUUUGUUUUGUUUUUGUUUUGUUUUGUUUUGUUUUUCAGACAGAGUUUCACUUUGUCGCCCAGGCUGGAGUGCAGUGGCACAAUCUAGGCUCACUGCAACCUCCACCUCCUGGGUUCAAGCAAUUCUCCUGCCUCAGAGUCCUGAGUAGCUGGGACUACAGGUGCGCGCCACCGUGCCUGGCUAAUUUUUUGUAUUUUUUAGUAGAGAUGGGGUUUCACCAUAUUGGCCAGGCCGAUCUCAAACUCCUGACCUCAUGAUCCGCCCGCCUCAGCAUCCCAAAGUGCUGGGAUUGCAGGCGUGAGGCACCACGCCUGGCCCUGUGCUUGGGUAUUCUUUAUUAUUAUUAUUUUUUUUUAUUUAAUUAAUUUUUUUUUUUUUUUGAGAUGGAGUCUCGCUCUGUCGCCCAGGCUGGAGUGCAUUGGCGCGAUCUUGGCUCACUGCAAGCUCCGCCUCCUGGGUUUACUUACGCCAUUUUCCUGCCUCAGCCUCCUGAGUAGCUGGGACUGCAAGUGCCCGCCACCACGCCUGGCUGAUUUUUUGUAUUUUUUUAGUAGAGACGGGGUUUCACUGUGUUAGCCAGGAUGGUCUCGAUCCCCUGACCUCGUGAUCCGCCCUCCUUGGCCUCCCAAAGUGCUGGGAUUACAGGUGUGAGCCACAGCCCCCAGCCUGGUAUUCUUUCUCACAAAUGGCUGCUUGUUUUUAACUGAUGGCCAACUUGAAGGCAUAAUCUGAGUGAUGUAUCUGAAGAAGAUUAUUAUACCUCAAUGUUACAGAAACGAGUUUAUUUUUAAGCUACUAUUUAUUGAGCACACACAAUGGAUCAAGUGCCAUUUUAGAUGCUUUUUGUAUAUUGUCAUAGGUAAUCCUCAUAAACCUUUGAAAUUGGUAUUAUUAUACCCAUUUUACAGAUGCGUAAUCAGAAAUUUAAAGAGGUAAAAUAAUACAUCUAAAUUUACACAGGUACUAAGUGGUAAAACUAGGAUUUGCUUUUGCAUUCUCAACUGUGAUACAGUAAUCACUAUGCCAGGCAUUUCAGAUGAUGAGGCAAUACAAAAACCUUGGUUCCUGAUUUUUAAGAUCUUAUGAUAUGCUUGGAGAAUCAGAUAUUUAUGAAAGCAAAAUGAUGUCAAUGCUAAAGUUUUAGAAGCAAAAUCUUAUAGCAAUAUUUACAAAGAAAAAAUAUAGAUAGGUUUCUUGGAGUUCUGUGAAACUUCAAAAGAAAAUGUUUUCAACAAGUUAUCGUGGGGAAAAGAUAAUUCUGGGCAAGUGUUCUUGUACAAGUAUGUGAGCUUUGCUCAGAUGUCCAUGGGUAGGUGGCUGAAUAGAGUUCAUGGUGCAGUACAUGAGGGAUAUAGGAGAGGAUUAAGCUGGAAAAGUAGAAGUGAGUGAAAAGAGCAAGAUGAUAGACUACCCAUCCUGCAACACACACAAAAGAAAGAAUUUUAAAGCUGUGAAUACUCUGGUGUAUUUCAGGAUUUCUUAGUGGGAAAAAAUCUUUUUCAUUGUUGUUUGAUGAAAUUUACUCAGCAGACUAUAUUCAAUAAUGUGACCUAAGGUUUUAUUUCUCAGACCUUCUCUUUCCAGUACCUCCUAUCUAUCUAGAUAAUAUGGAAGCCAGGGAGAAGAAUGGGAACCCAAGAUCUAUGAGCCCUUAUGGCAUAUGAAAAGUGGGUGUUAUCUGAAAAGUAGAACUCUAGAUGAAACCAGGCCUUUCCCAACAAUGGAGCCCAGGACAAUGCUGUCUUCAAUGUCCAUACCAUUAGACUUGUUAUGGAUGAGCUUCUAUAAUGAUGGCUUUCUGGUUAAUUAAACCCUCUGAAUGAUUCUGUGUAACACUGACUUCUGUGAUUCAUCACAGAACAAGUCUUCCUUCUUUCAUGGAGUAUUACUGUUUUCAGUGACUAUAUUUGGUUGUUUACUCUUUUUGGCACCAAUCACCCAGUGAAUCAACAACCAGAGUUGCGAACAAAUUACCCUCAUUGUCUUUUCCGAGUCCCUUAAUUUACUUUAUUUUUCAUUUGUUGCAAAUGUCAUUGUUUCUGCUAAUGUUGUUUUUUAACAUCUGCCAAGAUAAAAAAUAAAAAAAU